AUGGAAGUUGAAAUUCAACAAAAGAAAGGCGGAUUUGCGAAAGCAAAAGUCCUAACUGUGGAGGACAAGACGAUUAAGGUCAGAUACUUGGGUCAAGACAAGGAAGAGACAGUCCCCUUGACUCAAUGUCGAGCAGUCACUUCCUCAAACGUGCCAAAAGUGGAUUACAAACCGGGGGACGUGAUCGAGGCCUUCAUCAAAGGAGAUUCGGAAUCGCUUUGGCAGAAAGUGAAGGUCCGAGAAAUCAAGGUGAGAAUUAUCAUUUUAUUGUGUGUUUGGUCUUUAGGAAAAUGAGAAAAAGCAUUUGGAAGAUUUUGGAAAAAGUUCAUAUGAAACAACACUUAAUUUUUCAGGGAGAAUUUGUUGUCGUUGAAGGUGUAGAUGAUAAGUCGAUCAACGACGUCGUUUCUGUCGAUAGCUGCCGACCAUUGAACCUUGCUGUGCCAUUGUCACCGGAGAAGCUGAAACAUUGUGAGAUACCAGUGGAAAAUGAGGAAUUGCGAAGCUUCUUCAAGGACCCCAAGAACUACGAAGAUUUUGAAAAGUCGGUAAAGAACGUUCAUGUGCAGUAUAAUGAAAAGAAGAAGGGAUUUGACGUUUAUGUAAGUGGAUAUUAACCUAUAGUACAUUUAGUUUGAAUUUUUUUUGAAGAAUUUUUGCAAUUUUUAUAUUUUUAGGCUUUCUCUCAAAUCUUCAUCAAGCGAGCCACAACUCUUUCCGAUUUCUUCAUCACCGAUGCUACGCAGAAAAUGGAGCUCCUGAAGCGUCAAGAACAAGCCGAACGGCUGCUGCAGAACUCGGAUAAUCGCGAGGGGCUCUUCGUUGAGAAAUUUACCGUAACCCGCGAAUUGAUGGGCUUGGCCAUUGGAACACAUGGAUCUAACAUUGUAAAUGCCCGUAACAUCGAAGGUGUCAAGGAUAUUGUGAUCGACGAAAGUCAGAGCGAGAGAGGAGUCAGCACUUUUAAUGUAAGUUCAAGGUUCAAAGGGAUUUCCGAAGUUUGGUUGAAUAUUAUUUACAAUUUUUUACGGAUAAAAUUACUGUUUUUGUUUUCAGGUAUAUGCCACGACUCAAGAAGCCGCCGAACAGGCCCGAAAUCUUCUUGAAUUUGUAAUCGAACCAGUCCGAGUGCCUCGAGGAUUUGUUGGAAAAGUCAUAGGAAAGAACGGAAAGACGAUCCAAGAAGUUGUCGAUAAAUCUGGAGUGGUUAGAGUACAAAUUGGCGAAGAAACUGAUGAUUUGGUAAGUAUUUUACUUUUUUUCUUGGUUUUUAGGUAAAAUCAACGCAUAAUGUCAAGGAUAAUAAUUUUUUUUUGUCUUACAGGAACAAGACAUUGAUUUCCACUUCACCGGCACUCGAGAGGCCAUUUCCUUGGCCGAUCUGCUUAUCCAGUACCAUAUCAAACAUCUGAAUGAUAUUGACGCCAUGCGGGCGAAUGUGGAAGAUAUUAACAGAAAGAUCCAUCACGGGGCAUCCCCUCCAGUUUUCCAUAACGCCGGCAAAUUCAACUCGAAUGGAAGGCCCCGAGGCAGCUUCAACGGGCCACCGAAGAGGAAUGGACGCCCAUUCCAGGCGAAUGGAAAUGGGAAUGGACCAAGGCCAACUAAUGGAGACUCGAGUAAGGAUAAUAUUAAUUUGGUUGGCUUGAUGUGAAAUAACAUUCCUAACUGCUUAUUUUUGUUUUGCUUUCAGAGAGAGUGCUAUUUAGGCCAUUCAACGGCAAACCAGGUAAUAAUCGCUUGUUUGACUGCUUGCUAUAUUGGUUUAGUGUGAUUUGAAGUUUGCAUUUUUUAAUUUUGUGAUAAUAUUUUUUUAUUUUUAGUCGAGAAAGAAGAACCACAGCUCGCACAAGCCUCCAGUGACUCCUCAGACGAAGAGAAGAAGGUGAAAAAGGAAAAUGGCAACGGAACGGUAAAGCAAAACGGCGAUGCACCCCAGGCCAAUGGAAGCGGAAAAAGAGCUCCCAAACACAACAAUCAGCGCCGACGUGUCAAAGCCGACGACCAAUGA